AUGGAUGUUCCUGACAAUGUAUUUCCGUAUACUAUUAUCAAAAAACUAAAGGAUCAAAAAUUAAAAGAUCAUAAAUUAAAAAUUCAAGAAUUCAGUGAUCAAAAUCUUAAAAAAUGGUUUGAAUGGACAGAGUUACCUUUGGUUAAUUGGGCAAGGUUUGUUGUCACCAAACCCGAUUUGGAAAAUAAUCCAGAGUUUUCUGAGAAAGUUCAUGAGAUAUUAGCAAGAAAUUUUAAAAAAAUGUCACGUAAUGACAAAAUUAUAAUUACUCGAUUAUUUGAAUACAAAGAGUGCAUUCCAACUGCAUGUGGAAUGAAGAUUCCUGGCAAAGCUUAUUUUGAAAAUAUCAAACUAUUUCCUGACUUACCAACGAUCAAAUUUCAAAAUCCUUCAUUUGUUAAGAACGUAAUGGAAUUAUUGGGUGUUCGAAAGGUAGUUGAAUUAGAACUUAUUUUUGAAAAUCAAAGAAAUUUGGAUCAUAUGCAACUAUUAAAAUAUUUUGCUUCAAAUUCAAGUGAUCUUAAAGCAGAUGAAAUAGAAAUAUUGAAGGAAAAACCAAUCUGGCCCAAAAAAAGUUUGACCGAUAAUGAACCCGGAGAAAUACGGCUUGUUGCAAGAGAUUUGCAUACACCUACACCGUUACAUUGUGAAUUUGGGUUACCUGUGAUUAGUUGGAAUAAAGGGUUGUCUAAUGGUUCAGAAGAAGGGAAAUUUUUAAUCAAGUUGGGUUUACGAGAAUAUCUUACACUUGAAAAAAUCCUUGAACUGGCAGCGCCUCCAACUGAUCUUAAGAUUCGUGAAAAGGCUCUCAAAUAUUUUAUCGAUAACUUUGAUAAAAAUUAUUUUAAUAGUUAUAGAUCAUCGCCUGUAGUCAAUAUUGCAUUUUUGCCUUGCUCAGAACCAGAUGUUUAUGCGAAGCCUUCAGAAUGCUUUAUUAAUCCAGAAUGUGAGAUAAUGAAUUUUAAAGUUAUUCAUCAAGACCUAAAGUUUAAAGUGGGAAAAUUGGGUGUUUGUCAAGAUCCUAAUCAUGAAGAACUCUUGAUUAGGUUAAAAGAAAAUCCACCAAAGGAUAAAAUUGAUGCAGAGAAAAUUUUUGAAUAUUUGACAUCACAGCAAGGAAAAUUUACUGAUCACGAUUGGGAUAUUCUUGUCGAUCUCGAAUUUAUUCCAGUUCAAAAUAAAAUUGGACCUAAUAUAAUUAAUUAUGCCAAUCCAAACAAUUGUUUUUUUAAUAUUCAAGAAGAAAUCUUAAAUGAUUUCUUUAACUGUAUCGAUUUUGGGAACAAAGCAAAUAAGUUUUUGAAAAGUUGCGGUGUUAAAGAUGAACUAACUCCGAUAAAUUUUGCUGAAUUAUUGGUAAGAUCAUCAGAUAAAUUAUGGAAAUUAGUUCAAACAAUUGAUAAUGGCGUAGAUAAAUAUAUGUAUUUUCUAAGAAAAAUCGCUCUCGACUUUAAAAUAUUAGCCGAUAAAUCGAGUUUAAUAGAGGAAAUGAAGAAAGCACCUAUUUUAAUAGCUAUAAAGAAAAAAUAUCAGGACGAAGAAGAAAUCAAUGAUUCUGAUUUAGCUUCAGCGAAAGAUAUUUUUAUAAAUGAUGAUAUGAAAUUAGGUUGUAAAUCAUUAAAAGGUUCUGUAAAAGAAAGUUCGGCUCCAAAAGGUACUACCCGAGAAACUGAAAAUUCUAGACAAUUACAAGAAAAGAUUACAGAAAGGGCAAGUUUAUUUUAUUAUGAAUAUCCUAAAGAUAACAUCAAAAAAGAUGAAAAUUGGCUUAAAAAACUAAAAGUUAGAGAAGUUGAUCAUAUAGAAACUAAAUAUACGUUAGGAGGAAAUAUUAAGAUCAAGAAAAAUGAUACUAUUAUACUAGAAAAUAAUAGAAUGAAUCCAUGGAUUCUUUAUAUAACAUCCAAUUCAAGUUCACUUGAUAUUUCAAAACAUAUAGCUAAGAAUAUUUACAAAGUAUAUAAAUGGAAGGAUAUCUUUUGUAUUAAUACACUUUUAAUUACACCUUUAUCAGUUUUAAAAAAAAUGGGAUAUCCAGUUAGUCGCAUAUUGCAACAACAGAAGUAUCAACCAUCUACAGCAGAAAUUCAUAAAAAUCUUCAAGACAAUUUACAAAAAUUUGUAAAAAGUUGUAAUCUUAAUGAAAAUAUAAAUAGUGAUGAUAGUGAUAAUGACAGUAAUCAAAAUGAUAAAAGUACCAAUAUUAAACAUCACUGUGCUAUGCCAGAUUAUUUAUUACAUUGUGUUGGAAUUAUGCAAAAAAUUAAACUUCAUGAUACCAAAGAUAUUCAACAAUCAGUAAUCUUGUCUCAACCAUAUAAUGCAUCAUUAAGCCGAUUCGUCAGUAUGCUAAAAGAACUUGCAGAUGUUUUUGAACUUGAAUUAAAUACCAUUAAUAUAUUUUAUAGUGAUGAUAAUACAAUUGCAUUUAACUAUGAUAAAACAUUUUUCUUUAAUUUCAAGUUUUAUCAUGAAUUACACGAUGAUGAAUGUAAAAUUAAACCCACAAUUAAUGCUAUGUCCUAUUGGUACAUGACAUUUUGUCAUGAAUUAGCACAUAAUUUUGUCAAACCUCAUAAUUAUGAACAUGAACAUUAUUUUUCAUCAUUUGCGGAACUUUACAUGUCAAAUUUUUUAGCAAUGGUAAACAGAAAUAUGGAUGCUUAUUGA